AUGUUCGCGGGGGGGCCGCUCACUGUUGCGAAGGCGGAGCGCGUUUGCAGACUGUAUUUCUACGCCGGCUUCGUGGGCCUGCCGUGGCUCUGGUUCGCCGUGUGGCUGCUGUUCCGCAAGCACGCGCGUGCGAGCGACGCUAUCGCGUGGUAUACCACCGUCUCGCUGCGGCUGAGCCUUGUUGGUGGACUUCUGCUGCUGGGAUGGUACGUGGCGGCGGUGCUCUUUCUGCCGACUGACAGUCCGCUCUUUGUGAUUCCACCCUUCACGGGAAAGCGGCAGCAUGGAUUCUUCGCCAGGUUGGCGGCGUGA